CUCACUCAACAUCUCCACAAGUAUAAUGCUCGGUGACAGCUUGAGCAACAUCAACACAGGGAAAAUAAUACUGAUGAUGGUGAGCCUCGCCGUCAACACCGUCCUCCCGCUGCCUCCACACUCAGUUGUAGGAGAGUUGUUGUCAGUCGCAGGUGGUGGUGUUGGCGCCGUCCUGGAGGCGGUGUCUCAGCCCACCUGCUCCCUCAUCCUCCUCACAGAUGGCACCACCUCACCCUCCACCAUCCUCAAGGUGGAGAGUGUAGUACGAGGAAGCCCUUGGGGGGUGGGGUGUUUCAAGGUGGAGGUAGACGGCAAGGACGGUAAUGUGACGCAGGCGAUCUUCUCCCGCUUCCUUCGCCAGGCUCGACAGGUGAGGCUCAAGUCUCGGUGUGUGCGGGUGGUGGUGGUGUGUCACGACCCGGUCUUCCUCGCCACCUUCGCCGAGUGGUCCGUCAAGGGUCGCCUCCUGGUGUGGGCCACCAAGCUGCUGGUGGUCACCAGCCUCCCACUCCCACAGCUCCACGCCCUCCUGUCCUCCCACUGGACCUUCUCCAUGAUGAACACCAUCUUGCUCAACCUGGAGGACACACCACCCAACCUCAGGGACAGGGUCAGCGUGUACACCCACCUGCCAUACACCCCGGAGGGAGCUAAGGUGGUGAGAGUUGCUUCCUGGACACCAAGACGCGGCUUCGUCGUAAGAGAGGGCCGUUCACUCUUCCCUCCUAAGUUCUCAAACUUCUAUGGUGCCGAGGUCAACGUGACUGCCCUGCCUUACCCGCCAUACUGGGACGAACUGGAGGGACCUGAUGGCAUUAAACAGUACUCUGGCACCGACUACUUCUUGUUAAAAUCAAUUGCGGACUCCCUCAACUUUACUAUCAACGUCGUGCCCACCACCUCGUGGGCAGAGGUUUCACAGCGUGUAGAGGAACGGGUGUCCUUCAUGGCUACUGUGUUCCAUGCUAUGUUGCCAGAACGUCUUGAACGCUACGACUACUCAUGGGUGUACGAGUACGCGUCCCUGGACUUCAGUAUGGCCCAGCCUGGUAUCAAGCCACAGUGGCAGUCGCUCUACUACCCGCUCACUGACCUGGUGUGGGCGGCCGUCCUGCUGGCUCUGCUGCUCACCCCUUUGGUCCUGCUGCUGAUUAUUCGUGUUGGUGAAUGGAGGGAUGGUGGGGACAGGGUAGCCACAGGAACGGUGGUGCAGGAUGUUACAGGGAUGCUGUUAGGACAGAACUUGCCACGACGGCUGCCCACAGUCAUCUCCAGCCGUGUACUGGUGGCUUCGUGGCUGAUGUUCGCUCUCAUAUUCGGGUCUGCCUAUCGUGGCAACCUCACCGCCUUCCUCACGCUGCCCAAGUACCCACCCCGUGCUGAGACAAUCCAGGAGCUCGUCAGUACUGCACAUAGGAUAACGAUGCCACCAUACGGGGCCGAGUUCAAAAAUUUCUUCAGCAAGUCAGAUUCACAGUUGUUCAAGAGACUGGGCCAACUGAUGCAUAUCGUUCCAUCAGUAAAUGUCGGACAACAACAGGCAGUUGAGAGAAAACAAGCUCACCUGGACUCUGGACGCUACCAGCAACUAAAAAUAUCAAAGCGGUUCAUUGGGGCAGACGGAACCCCCAAGUUAUACCUCGGCCGGGAGAGCAUCAUUCCUGGCCAGGGCGCCUGGCCCAUCCCCCAUGACGCUCCCUUUGGGCCCGUCCUCGACCGCUGCCUCAUGGCUGCCAUUGAGGCUGGACUGUACGAGAGAUGGAACGACGACCUGUUGCGUCAAGCUCAGAUGGAGAGUCGCAGGAGGUACAAGCAACAGGAGACAGAAAAAGAGACAGAGUCAGACAGCAGCCUGAGGUCCCUCACCAUCACACACCUGCAGGGACCCUUCAUACUCUUCCUCCUAGGCCUCGGCCUGGCUGGAGUCUCCUCCAUCGUGGAACUUCUCACCGUGUAACAUCUCUUAGAAUGACCAUAAACACCUAAUUAGCUUUAAUUUCCUUUGCUUAAAUGUUUUGUGAUAAAAGCUCACGAACAAUAAUUAAUAACUGAAAACUUGAAAUCUUAAUCUCGCAUUUGCUGUCUUGCUGAUGAUACCAACCAAGUCAUUUUUCAUUGCAUUUCUAAGAACUUGAUGCAAUAAACUUAAAAAAUAUUUCAAAUUUUAGAUUCCCUAUGUCUCUCUUAUGUAGAACACUACAGUGCCGUAGAAUGUGUGUUGGGAGAUUAACGUAAUUACUAACGUACUCAAAACCUAUUUUGUUGAAGGAGAGUAAUAACCUUAUAAUGUCAAAUGUGCAUUUAAUAUACGGUAGUGUAGAUGAUGUAGUGAAGAUAAUUGUGUGGUUGAUGUAUGGUAAAUGUUGCGGGUGUUUCUGUUCUAGAAUUGUGCCGCCACCCUUAAUCAGAUAAACAUACUGUAUAUCAACGGCCUUGACCUUCCUAAUUAGAUUAAUAGUUUUAUAAUUAUGACAAAAUUACAUCACUGAUAAUAGUAAUAACAAUAAACAGAACAGACACAAACA